GAUAACAUGCAUGAUAUGUAAGUGCUGUGUGUAACUUUUGCAGUCGGGAUCUCCGGUGUGUGAUUGGCACAUGGUCCAUCAUUAGUGAGCAGCGGCAACAGUGUGGCAGCAGGGCUGAUAACUCAUUCAUAUGGAGGAUGAGAGUCGUGGUCCAGGUGGAUUGAGCACUGUAACACUUUGUUGGACCUCUCAGUCUUAUCUGAUUUAUCCCCGACUCUGGAAAAGUGAAGCACGCAAACCGCACUGUCCUUCAAAUGAACUGUACUUGGUGUCCCUAACAGAUUAACAGAUAGUUGUGCACUGUGAAGGCUUUUAACAAAGUUGAAUUUCCAAUAUGGUAGGAGAGGUUGUUGUUGUUGAGCGGAUUGUUGUCAUGUCCCCGCAGUGCCUGUAGUGGUGCUGUGAGGAGUCUGCUGUGGAUCCAACAAAAAUCCUCAGCAGCCUACCUUCUGCUUGUAAAUUGCUCUGGGUAGCUUAUAUUUACAUGCAUCCUUAUUUCGAGAUACAUCGAGCUCGAUGAAGAUCGCCGUUUCUAUCCUAUCUCGAAUAUCGAUGCACGGAUAGCCUAGCUGAUUCUAAGAGACAUUUCGGCCGUCUGUCUGGAGCGAAUACCUUACACAGCCCAUACCAAUUCAAGCUGAUGUUGUCAAGGACAAGAGUCACGUGAUGUAUGAAGGCAAACACAUACACUUCUCAGAGGUGGACAAUAAGCCGUUGUGCUCGUACAGCCCAAAGCUCUGCAAGCAGCGCCGGCUAAACGGCUAUGCUUUCUGUAUUCGGCACGUUCUGGAGGAUAAGACGGCCCCCUUCAAGCAGUGUGAGUAUGUGGCCAAGUACAACAGCCAGCGAUGCACCAACCCCAUCCCCAAGUCCGAGGACCGCAGGUACUGUAACAGCCAUCUGCAGGUUCUGGGGUUUAUCCCCAAGAAGGAACGGAAGAAGAAGCACGAUGCUUUGGAAGAAAUGCGCUCGCGGGCUCACCUGGAGUCGGUGGCUCUCAACAUUACUGUGCCCUCUCUUGCUCUGAAAGCGUCUAAUGGUCUAGAUGAACUUCCACCUUCUCCCCCCUGUUCACGCCUGUUACCCAUCCCCGACGGGGACUUCCUGGACCCUUUCGCUUUUUACGAGGAUGACACAGACGCGGAGGAGCUGGGCACUCCUCGGAAGAGCAACGCCAUCAAGAAGAAACUGCAGAGUCGCCUGGUGCUCAACCAGAAGCUCUGCCACGACACAGACCUCUUCCAACCACCUCCUGAGCACUUUAGCCCCGCCCCCGCCUCCCGCGUCCACCCCUCCUCACCGCUCAACGCCCAUCUCCCGCGGCAGCAGCAGCCAGGUCUCCUCCAGCUGCCCCAGCACUCCAGCGUUACUUCCUUCAUCUUCCCAGGACAGCAGCAGGGUCUAUUAUGCAAUCCACCACCACCUCAGACGGUCAACUUUCUGCCUCCAGGGAUGCCGGCGAACGCAGCACCCAGUCCAGCGCAACAUUCUGGGCCAUCGCUCAGCAGGAAAAUGCCUUUCACCGCUCCUCACUUGCCUGUCAGUUGCAAGGACAGCGGCAGUACCAAUCAGCGGCAUGUGGUGGUCAUGCGCCCCACAGCCUUCUCACCCUCUGCCAGCUGCCUGGCCAGGUUGCAACAUCUGGUGCAGCUCUGUGCCAAGAGACACCGGGAGCAUGGAGAUCUCUUUCCUCAUUUAGGACUGGACUGGUCCGAAGAUAGCGCCGAUGACGACGACGAUGAAGAAGAGGAAGUUGAGAGAUAUGCUUCUUUUCAGAGCUCUUGGAGAUCACCGAAUGGGCUGGACGAGGACGGCGGCUCCUCUCGGAGGACGCGCCUGCUGAGGCUUUGCUCAUACCUCCAGGAGAAGUACAAGCACAUGUGCAGGAAGGAGAGGGCGAGCAUCCGCCAGAAGAGGUACCGCUAUGCCUUCCGCAAAGCCUUGCUGCACGCCGCCAGCAACAACCCGGACUGCGCGGGGCAGCUGAUCCAGGAGCUGAGCGAUGCGUCUCGCAGCCCUUCAGGAGCGGCUCCAGCACGGCCGCAGAGCACAGACACGGGGACCUGCACCGGCAGCACAAAGGGCCAGGCCUGCAACAACAGAGCCCUGCCCUUCACUCGGCACUGCUUUCAGCACAUUCUGUUGAACCGUUCCCAGCAGCUCUUCGCCAGUUGUACAGCCAAAUUCGCAGAUGGUCAGCAGUGCUCCAUCCCCGUGUUUGAUAUCACGCACCAGACACCCCUCUGUGAAGAGCAUGCCAAAAAGAUGGACAACUUUCUGCGUGGGGAUGGGAACCGGCGAGUGCAGCACCACCACCAGCAGCAGCAGCAGCAGCAGCGAAAGCCCCGUAAAAAGACCAAACCCCCGGCACUCACCAAAAAACACAAAAAGAAGAGGAGGAGAGGGCCGCGGAGGCCUCAGAAACCCAUCCCGCCAGCGUUGCCGCAGGGGAACCUGGGAAUGCCUUCUACGAGCCUGGCGAUGCCGCUGCAGGCCAGCAUCAGGAGUCCUUCAACUCCGGACCUGAGCACGGAGGAGCUUCCCGACGAUAUCACCAAUGACAUGGCAGACAUUCCAAACGACCUGGAGUUGAACCAGGAGGAUUUCUCCGACGUGUUGCCCAGACUACCUGACGACCUGCAGGACUUCGACUUGUUUGAAGGUAAGAACGGCGAGCUGCUGCCCACCACGGAGGAGGCCGAGGAGCUGGUCCGCGCUCUGCAGGCCAUGGGCUCCUACCCGGACUCCCUGGUGUGCCUGACCUCCAUGGGGGACCUGGCCCCGGCCGACGGCGUCGACCACAGGUCCCUGACCGUGUUCCCCGGCCCGGUGCAGCCGGGCGCCAUGGGAGACCUGCUCCACAGCCGCAUCCCGGCGGAGAACUUCACCAGCCUGGAGCUGGAGGACAAUCUCCUGCAGUCCACCGGGGACCACUUCGCCCCGUCGCCGCCAUCUCAGCCCGCCAGCCAGCCCCCGACCUCGUCGUCGUCGUCGUCCGCAGUAUCCGCCACCUCCAUAACCGAGAGGACGUUCUCGCGGACGCACCCGUCGCACGUGCUGGCCAAGCCGGACGCCGCGUCCACGUCGUCCCCCCAGGGCAGCCACUACAGCAGCGAGCACGUGCCAUCCCCGUACAGCGACCACAUAUCGUCCCCCCACGCCAGCUCCUUCCAGACGGACGCCCCCCUCCUGCUGGAAGUCCCUCUCAGCGGGGUGCCGGGGCCGCCGCGCCCCACGUGGAACAACCUCCCGCUCCCCAUCGCCGACCCCACGCAGUUCGGCAGCCUGAUCGGGUCCGAGAGUCACCUCAUCUCCACGUCCCUGUCCACCCCGCCCGCCACCACCACCCACUCGGUGACCCUGCAGCCCAUGGCCGCCCUGUCGGCGAUGCCCCAGGGCGGCCUGACGGGCCUAACGACUGCCCCGGCGCCCGCGCCCUCGUCCUCGCUCCCCUCCCCCUCCCACGACCUGCUGGCCUCCUCGCAGCCCAAGCAGCAGCUCCCCCAGUUCAGCGCGGCCUUCGGCCAUCAACUGGCCUCCCACAGCGGCAUCCCGAAAGACGUGCAGCCCAGCCACAGCUCCACGGCGCCCCCCGCCGGCUUCUCCAUCGUCAGUGCCACCGCUGCAAGUGCCAACAGCGCCACGCCGCCGUUCACGCAGAGCAAGUGAGCGCCGGCAGCGGGCAGCGGUCCGUGGACUGGCAGCCACUUAGGAUCCGGCCGUCUGGCUUCUCAUUAACCCCCCCCCAUCCGCGACACGUGUGCAAUGUGGUAAUCGUGCACUAUUUGAUAAUGAAUUUGCACAACCUCAGAUUUUCCUCCAAUCGUUCUUUGUCCCCCCUCCCCCCCCCCUUCUGGAGCCAGACGUUGCCCGAGAUCUUAAGUCGGUGCGAGUCCACUCGUUUGAUGCCUUGUGGUUUCGUCAGCAGGGGGUUAACAGUCAGAUUUGUUUUGUUUAGUUUUUCUCGAUCGUGGUGAUAUAAGCGGGUGAAAAUUGGCGAGAAGGACCUUUAGCAGAGAUUAUCUGUGUCACAGUGCUCAGAAUUCAUAGACGCCUCAAUCAAUGGUCAGUUUGGUUUGCUUUGCCAGUUCCAGUCCUGUCUUAAAAGGAUCAACUGUACCCUGCCUUGCUCAGAUGGCCAUUGCUUUUUCUUUGAUUUAUCGUUUUCUCUCUCCCCCCCUCCCCCACCUGUUUCACACACCGCUUCCGUCACCCUCUGAAAAAACACCAGUACAGAUUAGUGACAUCUUCGUGAUCCAUUAUGUUUCAAGCUAUUUAACUGUUACCAUGAUUAUAGAGUCGGAUUUCACGGUCGUGAAUUUACCAAAAUACUUUAAACAGCUGUUUUUAUAUUGUGUAUAUUGUACAUGUGCUCAUUUAUUGGUUUUGCUCAGACGUCAAAAUCUCUGACCUCGCCAUUGGUUGUGGGACUCUGAGUGGCCUAGUAGACACUUGAAGGUAACUCUAGUUUCUUAAAGCAAUAAACACAUUAACGUUGUAAGAUAUUUUUAUUGGUCUCAUCACAUGUAGCUUCACUUCCUUAAACCAGGCUGGAUCAGGACUCGUCUUUGAUCUCGAUUAACUUGUAAAAAACGUUUAGUUUUUUUUUUUUUUUUUUUUUUUUUUUUUCCAUUUCAGAACCGACUCCAGACACGAUAAAUCAGGUUUUUCACUCUGAGUGAUUUUUAUUUUUUGGCUAAUAAAUGCGCUUCAGUGUUACGGGGAGGAUGAAGACGACUUUAAUCCAGGGACUUUAAGUGUCUACUCUCACAGGUGCUCUGUGGUCCACAUGCACAAUGGUUUUUUUUUUUUUUUUUUAAUGGCUUGCAUGUCUGACAAAAAGCAAAGUUUCAGGAUUUCCCCCCCCCAAGGAAGACCAGAUUACCCACAACAGACGGCGAAUUGGAACCUCCACUCGUAACGCGGCGGUAGAAAUUGGUGUAUUUUGCACGUCUGAAGUAAAGCAAAUGUCCGUUUUACUCGGUUUUAAAAGUGAUGUUUUUAAGCGACGAAACCGGCGAAAACCUGCAGUCUAGUUCGGGAGUUUUGGAAAGCGAGGACUCGUUGGCCUCGGCUCACGCAGCAACAGCAACACCAUGGGUUUUGAUAGAUAUUAUAUUAGACAUUUGACGGAUCGUCAGACAUUGUUGAGUAUUAGGUAUAUAGAAUAGCAGUCUCUAUCUUGGGGUUUGUUGGUGAAUUAUUGAGUAGCAAUGGAUUGAAAAUUGUUAUUUGCAAUGUAUUCAGUGGAACCUGUGUCUUGUGGAAUGAGUCUCUUGCUUUUAAUGGCUAUCAAAAUGGUCGUGAGUUCUCUUUCGUCGGAGGGAUCAAUGUCUGUAUGCCGUCAUUCUGUUUGUGAUACAUAUUCUGGUGGAGAAUUUUUUUUUGUUGUUGUUGUUGCUGUUUUUUGAUAGCUAUUAAACUCCAGAAGGAAGUCUGAGAUGGCAUGGGGCAGCAAACCUAUUUUUUUUUUUUUUUUUUUACGUGAGAGCGUACAAAUGGUCACUGGCUUGGAAUGAAAAGUUGGACUUUAUGCAUCAUUGGAGAAAACAAAAAAAAGACAAAAAAAAAACAGAUCACCGUACUAUUUCAACAUAGAUUUUGCACAGGAGUGAAUGAGGCCGGUGGUGUUUCACAUGUCCCGUGUCCGUCUUGCCUUUCGCCCCCCUUCCCUCUUUCUCUCUCUCUCUGCUCAUUACAUGAACAGCUGCCAUCCUUACAUCUCUGAGCCUGCACCAGACACCCGUAUUUCCAGCUGUGAGAAGGCCCAGUUCUGUCUCUCCCUUCCAAAGAGAGAAAAAACAAAAAACAAAACAAAAAGCACGUUAUGAAGUGUGAACCUGUAGCUCCGCUGGAGACGGACGGCUGGCCUUCUCCUCCGCCAUCGCAGUGUUUCACCCCCUCCCUCCAUCCCCUCCCCAGAGUUCAGACGGAGACAGAGUAUGGGUGAAAACGAAAUAAGCAAGGCAAUACUGCUGUAACCACAUCGCAUGAGAUUAGUUUCCCCUCCCAACAAACCGCGCAGAACAAAAUCCGACAGGGCUCGUAGGCACGCGCAACUGCUUGAAUCCAGAGAUGGCUGACAAAUUCCUAUACUCAUUGAAUGUACUGUAUUACUGUUUUUAAAGAUAGGAUGAGCUAAUCUAGUCACCUUUUGUUAUUGGUCCUUGUUUAAUUUGUCUAAGGUAUUUUUUGUAUACAAAAGUUUACAUUUUUAUGUAUAUUUUUCUUGUGUACAAAUUAUGUAAUAAGUGUACAAACACUGUAUGUAAUAUCUGUAUAUAGUGUGAGAAAUUUGAUCUUUUGUUUUUGGAUGUAUAAAUAAAACUUGCUGUGAGGUUAUUUGC